AUGACGGCUUUGUUUACGUUCACAUGGCGUGUCUCGUCUGUCGCUCCUGCCCAUGCGCGUGUUGUCGAGGCCCGAUGGAGUGUCAGUCACUCGACCGACGCCAAUCAGGGGAACACAGAGGUUCAGAACGGCAGUUACCAGCUGCUGGUGCGGAAAUAUGGCGACUCGUUCUCGGCCGACGACGUGGCGCGCAUGGAGAAGGACCUCAUCUACACGCUCCACGAAACGGCGCAGAACACGAGUGAACAGCGUGGGAUUGUGCUGCCAUUGUUCGACGACAUUGCAAUGCUCGGCUUGUCGUUGAUCAUGGGGCUGCGAGCGAUGGACGUGACGCUGCCAAUUGAGAUCCCGCAUUGUGGAGAUUUGAAAAACUCGACGAUCGACGCAGUGCUAGAAAAUUAUGUGCUGGGUGAUCUCUACUUCUACGACGUGUGUGAACUCGCGUCACGCAGUGUGAGUUUAUUGGACGCGACGGUGAACGUAUUUUGCCAGAGUUUGUCGAACUGCCAUGAGUCAUUCCGGAACUUUGACAUUAAGCUGCUGGCUGUGACUUUUUCGCGGUUUGAAGAAGUCAUGCUGCUGGAUGCCGACACGUUGUUCUUCGAGAGCCCCAUGUCGCUUUGGGAGACGGACAAGUACCAGAGCACGGGCACGCUCUUCUUUCACGAUCGACUCGUUGAAGACAAAAUGUUUAUGGGUAAACCCAAUCGCGGCAAUAAUACUGUGCGAGUAUUCCAUGACUUCAUGUCCCGGUUCAAUGUGUCAUCCUUUGCGCUGUUGGGUAAUAUUGAACGGCCAAAGGCAACAAGCGAGAACAAAGUGCCAGUAAAGCUCAACUUCUUACCGAGUGAGCAACUGUUGACGAGUCAUUCGUGGAACUACCGUGCAGGCCAUGAGAUGGACUCGUCGUUGGUAUUAUGGAACAAGAAGCGACAGCCGCGAGCUACGGCGAUCUUGGCUUCGUUUGCGUCGCUCAAUCGCAUCGGCCGACCUCCUUCUUACGGAGACAAGGAGCUGUUUUUUGUGGCCGCAGAGCUCGCUGAGACGCAGUACGCAUUUUCUGAUUUUGGCGUGGGGGGUGCGGGUUGGGACUUUCGCGACAAUGGUCCCGGCAAGUCGGUGAUCUGUGGCCAGGCCGCGCAUUAUUACCCAGUAAAGCCGAAUGAGACUGGAGUCGUUGCCGAUGCGAGCGUGCUGUAUCUCAAUAGUGAUGAUAUCUUGACAUACGACCCCAAAACGAAGCCCGUGUACUAUUCUCAGGCGCGAUUAUACGAGGUGUACCCGGGUGAUGUCAAACAGCGCGGCCUGCCGACAAUAUGUCCAUUCGAUGUGACGGGCGUGCGCUUUUCUCCUGACCAGGAGGACCUCAUGCUACUACGUAAGCGCCUCCACGAGAUUGCAGAGGCCUGGAUGGAUCGGCCACUGUGA